UUUUUAUUUAUUGUUUCUCGUAAAGUACAAUUAAGUAAUGUUACACUAAUGCCAAUAAAAACUUUAAUUAGGCAUUAAUAUUAUUAUUUUAGAAUUACAAUAACUUUAAAUUUUUUAAAAAUUAAGGUAAUUUUGGAUUUCUCCAAUAUAUUAGACUUGAAAUUAAGAAAAUGGACCAGUGCCAAAUAGAUAAUAUUGAUGAACUCAAGAUUUCUCAUGAUGUUCAUCAGGAGUCUAAUAUAAAAUCGAUCAAACCUAUUAAUAUCAAAAAGAACACUUCUGAAUCUGAUCAUCGAACUCCUAAACGAAAGAGUGAUAUAUCUAAUUCAAAUAUUUUAAAGAAGAAAAAAAAAUAUGAAACAGCACUGGCAGCUAUUUUUCCUGAAAAUGAUCAAUCUUACUCACAAUACGCUCAAGAUUAUGCUGAAGGAUAUAUAAAAAAAAUGCGAGAAAGACUAGAUUCAGAAUCAUUUGAUCUAGCUAUAAAACUCUUAGCUUCUUUUAGUGAAGCUGAUGAUAGCAAUAUUAAUGAGUUGUAUCAACAUAUAACAGAAGUACUUUCUGAUAAAAAUGAAGAUUUAAUAUAUGAAUUUUUAGGAUUUUUACUUCCAGGACAAGCUUUAUCUAUUGGAAAGUUUACAGAUUAUUUAGAACUAACUAGAAUAAAAGAAUUUAUUAGAAAAUUACAAGUUUGUAUGAAAAAACAACCGACUCAAGUUCGUAAAAUAUUAGAUAAUUUGUUUCAUUUAUCCCAAACUGAAAAUAUUACUCCAUUAGAUGUACAUACGGCUAUGCUUCCUUUACUCAAAAGUAAUCCAAUAUUAGUUGAUUGUUUCUUUCAAUUAAUACCAACAGAACAUCCUCCUGAAAGCUUCUUUUCUGAUGAUAAUUGGGAAGAUUUAGACAUUGAUCAAAGUAUUAACUGUGGAAUAGAUUAUGAAGAAAUAAUACCUUCUGAUUCAGAAGAUCAAACACUGUUGAAUAUAUGUCACUGUUUGUGUCAUAAAACUGGAGAUAAUAUACAUUGUAGAUCCUGUGGUCUCAAGUUUUUUAAAGGUCGUAUUUAUUUUGAUACUCCAGAAGGAUUAAAAUUAGCGAAAAUUAAUUUUGAAGGAGCAGAUCCAUUUGUCGUACAAUCAAAAAUUGAUAAAACUGAAGAAAAUGUUGCAGUAAAGAAAAAAAAUAGAAAAAAUUUAAUUAAAAAUAGUUCUCCUGGCUCAGCAGAAGAUAUUAAAGGAAGUACAGGAACAGAGUCUGAAGAAGAUUUAAUUGAUAUAAAACCAAAAAAACGUCAAAAAUCAAAAGUAGUACAGUCUUUAAAGCUUAAAUUUAAAAAGGAAGAAAACCCCAAGUGUAAAGAUGACCAAGAAAUUAAUGACACAGGAAAGUCUAUUGUCCAUGUUACUAAUGAAGAGUUGAAUACCAGUGAAAUGGUAUUUUUUUGCAUUCCUAAAGCAGAAUCAAGUGUAAAAAUGUUGCCUAAAAAGAAAUUGAAAGGCGAUAUUAAUGAAAGUAUUAUACCAAAAGAAUGUGUAGUCGUUAAUCAAUUAAGUUCUGAAAAUACAAAUUUUGAUAGUUUCAAUUCUAAUAUGAAAAACAAUGAAAUUGACAAUGAAGGAUCUUUAAAUAUUUUUCAUUUAAAUAGUGUUAAUAAUUUAUCAAAAGAAAGAAAAGCAGGAUUUAAUCUAAUACCUUCUACUCUAUCUAUUGAUAGUGUAUCUGAAAUAUCAAAUAAAAUCAAAAAAGAAUUAUCUAGUCAAUCUUCAAAUAGUGAUUUUUCUGAAAAUUAUAAUCAACUACAACCAUCUUCUACUAGUCUUAUGGUCCAUGAAAAUUCUGAUGAAACUAGUAAACAAAUCAAAACUGAGUUUAUUGAAGAUUUGGAUACUAAUAUUGUCAGUAAUAAGCAAUGUGAUAACCAAAAUAUUUCAACUAAAUUACAAACUGAAUUUUACUUAUCUUCCAAUACUGCAAAUGAUAUCAAUAUCUCAUUAAAUGAACAUAUUACUAGUAAAACUGGAGUAAUUGAAAAAUUACCUAAGUGUUAUGUAGAUGUACAGAAACAAGAUAAUGAGUUAGAAAAACAAUCAAUAAACAAAUGGACAAUAGAUGAAGACAAAAUCAUAUUACAGACUUGUAAAAGAGUUGAAGAUAUUGAAGUUUUAUUAGAGACUAUUAACAGACGAAUUCCUCAAAGAUCUGUUUCAGAGAUUCAAGAAAGAUUUACAACUUUAAUGACUUUACUGGAGCAAAUGAUUGAUGUUAAACAAAAUUAAAUAUUUUAAUUGUGUA